AUCUCAUGUCGUCAUUCAUCUUCUCUCUCCAUUGAAAACGACUGUCCAACUUUUCUCCUUCCAGAAUCAAACUAGGUUUUCCAUUUACGAAAAAUGUCGAUCUGUUAAAAUACGAGAGAAGAAGAGGAAGAAAUCAUCUAACAAGCCACGAUAAGAAGAUGCGUUCUUCAUCAGGGAAAAUCAACAUCUCCGCCAGUGCUCAGAAGCUUGAUGUUGACAAUCGGAUCUCUCUGCGUUACUACUUCCGCAUCGCCGACAACGUCCUUAAACAGGCUGACAUAUUUCGGGAAGAAGAUAAUAUAAUUGAUCUGUAUGUUAUGCUCCUUAGAUUUUCAAGCCUGGUCUCUGAGACGAUACCAUGCCAUCGAGAGUACAGAGCAUCUCCACAGGGCAGUAAAAUGUAUUUGAAAAAGAGGUUAUUAAAGGCUGUCAAUGAACUCGAGAAGUUGAAGCCAGAGGUUCAAAAGAAGAUUGAUGAGGUCAACAAAAAGCAUAUGUAUCAAAUAACUCGGUAUGAUCAUAAGGAAAGCAAUAUCACAUCGAAUUCAUCAAUGGAAUGGCCUUCCAUCAAAAAUCACAACACGAUGAGUUAUGCUAUAACAAAGGCCCCAGGAAUUGUUACUCAGAAUUUUGCAUAUCCAGGAUUAAGGCCACAGUUGAUGCAUAACAAGCCACUUGAAGAACAAAUUCAUAGAUUAUCUCUAAGUGUGCCCCGUGCGAAGGAUGAGACUCUUUCUAGGCAUUCUAUUUGGGGCCCAAAUGGGCUUCAUGGGCAAUGGAGGCCUCCUAGUUCUUAUAAAGUCCAAUACCCCAGUAGUAUAGACUUGACACCUGUUGAGAUACCAAGGUUACUUGAGACAGCAGAAAAUGAAGUGUCUAAUGAAAGUAACAUUGCACACUCUAAAACUGAAAUAUCACAUCUAAAAAUAUGCCAAUCCUCAGAAACUAGACCUUCUGAAAAUGUCGCUGAGAAAUCUGAGCAGGAAAGGUCAUCAGAAGAAAUCAUCUCCGUGAACACUAAGAAGGAAAUGCGCCAUACCGAAGAACUCGAUUCCUUGAUUUCUUUUGAACCAAUAGAAACCCCUGUUCAGAUAAAUAUCAUUAGACAGCCUUCUCCUCCACCUGUUUUGGCAGAUGUACAGGAUUUGGUCGUUGCCCCACCUCCAAUCACACAGGGAGAAUUUGUAUCACAGAAUUCCAACACUGAUGGUCUUGUGUCUUCUGAGGCUCCUCUGGAAUUGCAUAUUUCGACGACAUUAAUGGAUAGCUUCAUGAGGAUGGCAAAAUCUAAUACGGACAAGAACUUAGAAACAUGUGGUGUACUUGCAGGUUCACUUAAAAACCGCAAAUUCUCUAUCACAGCACUUAUCAUUCCAAAGCAAGAAUCAACAUCAGAUUCAUGUCAGACAACAAAUGAAGAGGACAUAUUCGAAGUGCAGGAUAAGAGAUCACUUUUCCCAUUGGGUUGGAUUCAUACACAUCCAACACAGUCAUGCUUCAUGUCAUCAAUUGAUGUUCACACCCAUUACUCGUACCAGAUAAUGUUGCCAGAAGCAAUCGCAAUCGUUAUGGCUCCAAAAGAUAGUUCAAAAAAUCAUGGAAUUUUCAGGCUAACCUCAGGUGGCUUGACAGUUAUACGACACUGUCCUCGCCGUGGGUUCCAUGCUCACGACCCACCUGUGGAUGGUGGGCCAAUCUAUAAACAAUGUACAGAUGUUUACUUGAACCCCAAGACAGAGUUCGACGUUAUUGAUCUACGAUGACUCUCUUCAAACAUAUAUUCAUUGAAAAACAGUAAUCUCUUGAAUGAAAAUGUAAUUACCAUCAUUUGUUGCUCUAUACACUUGAAAUAAUCUUUGUUUGAUGGUCUGUAAAACAAGAUUCUAGCAUGUCAAGCUAGCUAUUAUUACAUAUUGGGACUAGAAGAAAAUUAUUGUUGGUCAAUUUAAAGCUGAGUGUGAAUUGUAUUGUUGAUAACAUAAUCCAAAAACUUUGACGUAUUCCUAUAAUGCUAAGAUUUCUUGCUUCUA